AUGUCUGGCUUUGAUAGGAGUCGAGUGGUCGGUGUAUCCGACGAGGAAUUGGAUGAAUACACGUGUGGUAUAUGUCUGGAAGUGUUUGUCAAUCCUGUGGUCACCCAAUGCUGUCAACAAACCUAUUGUCAUGAAUGUAUCCAUAAUUGGCUCUCAGAAAACAAUACCUGUCCUAAUGAUCGCAAAAAAAUUGAGACCACGAGGUGUGAGUCCGGCGCCCAGGUUAAGUGCGAUUUCUAUGCCAAUGGCUGCGAAUCAGUGGUCAAAAUGUGUGAAUUACCCCAACAUAUAGAAUAUUGCGAUUAUAACGCAAACCGAAAGUGUAAGACCUGUCACCUGCCUAUUGAUGGCAAUACUCAACACAACUGUAUCGACAAUCUAUUGAUUCAAAACCAAAGCCUUCGUAAUGAAAACCAGAGACUCAAAGCCAAGAAUAAUAAACUGAGUAUGAAGGGUGUAAUUUCAUUGGCUCGUAAGGACCUGGAUAAUUAUGAAGUGCGAUCAAAAUCACGUAUGUCAUCGUCUGAAGUGAACAAAUGUAUUGAGAGGUCCCAGGAAAUGAUCAGUUUGUAUGACACAUAUUUGGAUAUAUCUACCCAUAUAUACAAUGAAUUCAAUGACGAAUUUGAUGGCAAACAAUGGCAUUGUAUCGCAUUCUCGAGCACUGGCGGUCAGUCUAUGUACUUGUGA